UCAAACGUUGACUAUGUUUUCGAAAGCCACGCGCUUUCCAAAAGAGAAUUUUUCAACUCCCGCUCCCGGCCAGUACGACGUUCCCUUGUCAGUGAGCAAACAUUCAAGCGCAACAAGUUUUGGUAGCGUGUCGCGCUUCAAAGAUUGCCCAGAUACAGAACCAGAUAAAGAUGGAAUAGAUUUGUCCACGUGUAGCGGAGACAGCGCCAGUACGCAUAGUAUAUAUUAUAAACUUCGAACACCAAAGCCUCCAUCUUCUUAUAAGCCACCUGAGAAUAAGCGGGUUAGACAAUUAGAGGCUGAGCUAUGUAGAUUACAAGCUGAAGUCGCUGAUGCCCAUCAACAUAUUUUAUUGCUACAAAAUCAGUUGAGCAUGAAGUGCAAUGAUGAAGAUGAUUCAGCAGUUAUAGACAUCGUCACACAGUCUCUGCAGACUGAUCUUGAAACAUCGAAUGAGAGAAUUAAGCUUAUAACUGCUCGAAAUCAACAGUUAGAGAAGGAUUUGGAUGCGAAUCGGAUCCACAGAGACAAAGUUGAAGAACAAAACUUAGAGCUGCACAGGUUAAUUGGAGAACUGACGGAGAAAGCCCACCAGCUGACAAAAGACAGUACAACCUACAAGCAGACUGCGGCAGAUUUGAAGGACAGAUACGAUGAGUCACAAAAAGCUAACAAUACAUUAAAGGAUCAAGUUGAGCUAUUUCACAGACAACUGACAGAGAAAACAGAUGAACUUGAGAGGAUUAGGUUUGAUAUGAGUCAACAGCAAGAUGUCAUUCAAAUGAUGACCACGCAGCUGCAGAGCCAAGAAGUUGAAAUGAGAUCUCUGGCAACUCAAGUAUCAGUGGCUCGUAUUGAUAUCGACGAGAAGCAGUCUGCCUUUGAUUCAUUGAGUAGACAGUUAGCCGAAUCACAGCAACUCUUAAUGCAUAAAACAAUAGAGACUGAUACGACCAUCCAGCAGUUGAAAACCAAUUUAGCCAAGGCACUAGAGACACAGUCAGCUGCUGAAUCUGCUUGUGUACAAAAGAUUGACGUCGUGGAGAAUGAGAAGAAUACGUUAAUUACUGACUUAAGAAUGAGUAAUGCUGAAAUUGAAAGACUGAAGGAACACACUUCCAGUCUACAAGACCAGUGCAGUCACAUUAGCUCAAUUCGAGAUGAUAUGGAAGCCAGUAUGAGAGAGAAACAGGAGAAGGUUGAUGAGCUUGUUCACCAGGUGGAAGCACAGGAAAAGGCAAUGUGUACCAUGUCAGAAAAAUAUCACGACUUGGAAAUGAAAUUCAAAGAGACCACAAGAUUGAUGGAAGAGAGCAGAGAAGAAGCAACUGUGGCGAAAUCUGAUGCAGAGAGAGUAGAAAGAUGCAGACUUGAGGAGCGAUCAAAGUCUCAACGAAUUCGAGACGAAAUGAACAGAAUGAUUAUUGACAUGCGAACAAAGAUGGUCAAUUUUGAACAAGAAAUCGAAAAAUGGCGGACUCUGUUUGAAAAAUUGCAUGAAAAAUGUCGUCCUUUCCAAGAGCAACUCGAUCAGUAUGAAGCCGAGAAAGAACAAUUAAUGAAUGAGAGAACUGUAACGAAAAGUCAGAUGGAACAGCUUGGUCGUGAUUAUGCUCAACUGAUUGGGCACCAAAAUCACAAGCAGAAGAUUCAUCACUUGCAGAAGAUGAAAGAUGAAAACUUUUAUCUCAAACAAGAGGUUAUGUCACUCAGGGCACAACUCGAUAAGCAUAGGCAUCAAUCCAGGAAGGCACAAGUCGGAGGCCACAGUUCUGUCUCGAGACAUUUUCUCACUGAAAAGAGAACUACGAUUUCUAGGGGUGACAAAGAAAAUGCGUUGUAAAGUGAAGUGCCAAAGUGUGUGUGGAAUCGUUGUUUCUCGUAGACAGAAACUAGUAGAUAACUAGCUGAACUCAAGUAGUGAUACGGCCCGGUGUUAUGUAUAGCAAAUUAAUAGUAAAUGAUGGUGAAUGCAUGUAGGAGUGUAAGGUAAUUGUAUAUUUGCAGUUGUUGUUGUUGUUUGUGCAUGACUAGAUAUUGUUGUACAAAAUCGUACGCAAUCUAUAAAUUCAUAUGUAUGCUGAAA